AUGUCUUGCUUUGACUCCACGCUUGUGGUGGAAACAGACGCAGUGAAGGAUUUCAAGCUUCCCCACACACGGCAGAUGAUUCUUGUGAAGAAUGUGUCUUCUAUCCAGAGUUCCCCAUUUCCCAAGUAUCUCCAUGUGUUUGGUAGAAGCUGUAUGUCCUAUCAGCUUGCUCCAUUCAAGUUGCUCAGAACUUUUGAGUACAGCGAAGAUGUGAUGGAUGCAGUGGCCAUCCGAGGCAAGAUGGCUGUUCUCUCUAGAGACUCGAUAGUUGUCUGGAACAAAGGGAAAGAGCAAGUUAUUGCAGGGAAGUUUGAUGGAAGACUCUCAGAAGUAGACGGGUGCCUCGGAGUUCAGGAACGGGCCAAGUUGUCGGUGUAUUCGUUGGAGACGUUGGAGGUGAUGAAGGUGUACAAGGCAAAUGCCCACUGUUCAAUAAGAGACGUGCUUGUGACAUCUCUGGAUAAUCUGGUUUCUUUGUACUUCAAGGGGGGAAAGAUACUUGAGAUUUCGAUGCCGGAGGCAAUAUGUAAGCUGUGCACCGACCCACUACUUACAAACAUAUACUGUGGAACAGGUAGUGGAACCAUAUUCUGCUGCAACACAAGCAAUGGAGAGCCAAGUAGUAUGAAGUACCAUAGAAGCCAGGUUGUGGGGCUGGGCAUAAGUUUCUGUGGAAAGUACUUGUACUCUGCAGACAUGGAGGGUCUUGUGUGCAUAUGGGAUACAAAGUUCAACACGGUGGUUGGAAAAGUGUCCAUGGAGUCGGAAAUAAGGAGGAUGAAAGUGGUAUAUGUCUCCGAGUGGAGAAAAGCUCUGGACACGCCAGAGGAUGAUCUAAUAAUUCCAGGGGGGACAACAAAAUAA